AUGCAUAAAUCGCUCACUAGGUUCACUCGACAUCGAUGGUAUAGGUUCUUCCUACCUUCUGUUGUUUUUGUACUGAUGCUAUACUGCUCAUGGGUAUAUUGUCACUUAUUUUGUAUUGUGGAGCUUCAUAAUCAUUUGGGUUUGAAUGUAACUCCAUGGGUUCUCAUGGGUAUUCAUUUGCUGGUCCAGGUGUUAGUUUGGUAUAUUUUAGUUCAGAUUAUAGCCGUUGGGCCAGGUAGACAGCCGAAGGUGCUACCGUUUAGAAUAUAUCCAGAUACGUAUGGGAGUGAUUCGGCUACCUCGAAGGAAGAACUUGAAGUCCACUCCAUAAUACCGCCAGAUGUUUAUCAGUGUGAUAUUCAAGGGUACCCUAUCUGGUGCAGCACAUGUCAGAGUCUUAAGAUUGAUAGAGCACAUCACUCGGCGCCGCUCGGUUACUGUGUACCAAGAUUCGACCACUACUGUGUUUGGGUGGGAACUGCGAUUGGACGUAAGAACUAUAGACUAUUUAUACAAUACCUCUUUUACUUUGUGAUUUAUGCUGGUCUUAUAGCGAUCUCUAUCGGUGUUUUCGCGAGAAGGAUAAUUAAUUACAGAAAUAAUAACGGGCUUGGGCCUAAUGUGAACAUAUUCGUGGUGCUUGGGAUGACGGGAUUGGGGUUCUGUUUUGUUGCGCUGUUGUUUAUGUCGUUCACCUUCUAUAUGGUAACGAACCGGACAUCUAUUGAGACUAUUAUGAACCGCGGGAAGCCCACUAGGCGGACGUGCUAUUGCAUAUAUAAUCUGGUGGAUGGAUACCGCUAUGUGCUCGAUUGUAACGCUGAGGAGCACAAUAAGGUAUGGGCUAAUGAAAGUAUUUGGGAAAAUAUUACUGGGUUCAUAGGCCCUCGCGUGUGGAUGUGGUUUAUUCCAUUUGGUAGUAAUAUCCCGCCCUUUAAGCAACCCAGUAAUGAGGCGAACUACGACAUGGUCGUUGGGCCUUACUUGGAGAAGAUGAGUAAGAAGUAUAAGCAGUCCUUAAUGGAUAGAAUCCAGGAAGGCAAUUAUCUGACUAGGUUGCGCGCUUAUGGUGAUAACUUUAGGUAG